AUGUUAUCGCGCCUUGGUCUUCGUCAGCAAUCUUUACUCAAAGCUUCUACAUCAAACCUCAUUAAGCCAUCAUUGAUCAGAGGUAUCAAGACCAUUCCACAACCACCGGGUUAUGUUGUAGGUACAGUUAACGACGCAUACGUUCCACCAAAACCACACAAGUUGGAAGGAUCAUACCACUGGACCGCCGAGAGAUUGGUGAGUGUUGCAUUGGUUCCAUUAACAUUGGCACCUUUAUUCACUGGCGCCUCUACAUUACUUGACUCCACAUUAAGCUCAUUGCUUUUGUACCACUGUUACGCUGGUUUCCAAUCAUGUAUCAUUGAUUACAUUCCAAAGAGAGUCUAUGGUUCUUUUCACAACUACGCCAUGUACUUGUUGACUUUUGGUACUGGUAUUGCCGGCUACGGUAUCUACCAAAUGGAAAAGAAAGACGGUGGUUUGAUCGACGUUUGCGCAUCUUUAUGGAAAGCAUAA